AUGAACCUUGAGGGGAAAAAAUCAGGAAGAACCGAAAAAUUAAACAAAAAAAAAAAAAAAAAACUAUAUGAAAAUAUCAAAGGUCAUCACUGUGAUCUAAAUAUAUAUUCCCCCAUAAAUAAAAAGUUAGAAUUUAUUAUGUCACAUCAAGAAGAAAUUGAACUGCCAUUAACUAGUUUACAACCUGAUAUACAACCACAAACUACUACUACUACUAGUACCUCCAAAUCUAAAAAGAAAAAACAAAGAAAACCUCAAACUGAAGAAGAAUAUGCAUUUCAAGUAUCGCGAUGGAAUGAAACCGGACCUACUAUAAAUACCGAUACUUGGUUAUUUGAAAAUCUAGAAGAAUUAAAUGUUGAUGUCAAAAUAGAUAGACUCAAACUAUUACAUGCAGUUGAAUUAGCUUAUUAUCAAAAAGAUUAUGAAAAAUGUCUAGAGUUACUUAAAUUAGGUGAAAAGAUGUAUAAUGUUGAUUUUGAUGAAGUAGGGGAAUGUAUUACUAAUGACUAUAAAAAUUCUCAAAAACAAGUUAAAUGGAAUAAAAAAGUCGAAAGAAAUAUAAUGGAAUUGUAUAAUAUUAAAAAAAAGUGUAUUAAUAAAUUGGGAUAG